AUGAUGUCAGAUGAUGCUACAAAGGCGGAGCCAGUGCCCCAGGUUGAUAGUGGAAGGACUACUCUUAACCCAUCUGGUGGUGUGAGCAAAUUUGCCUUUCUACGACGUUGCUACUUUAACGCAUUUUUCUCCGCGGUGAUUGUGGAAUUUAUAGGAACGUUCUUGUUGGUUCUUACAGUGCCACUUAGUAGUAUAAAUAACGCAGAGAUGGCCCCAUUUUCUGUAGGGUUUAUGCUUAUGUCGUUGGUCUUUUCCUUCGGUUAUAUGAGUGGCGGUCACAUGAAUCCAAUGGUCUCUUUUGCUGUAUUUCUUAGCUCUGCCAAUUUCGGAAAAUCUCGUAUGCUCUUUUACUUUAUAGCACAAAUGCUUGGUGGGGUGGCAGCGGCCUUUUAUUGUGUAUUAAUUCAUGGUAAUGAUUUCCCAGUACCUAACAUGGGUUUGGACUUUGUGCAAAUGUUACGAGGUUUUCUGGCCGAAAGUAUCUUUACUUUUAUUUUGACUUCUGUCGUUCUACAUGUUGCAACUAGCAAGCAACGGAAUAACAAUUUUUAUGGUUUCGCGAUUGGUUCUGCAGUUCUUGUGGGUGGUUUAACAUGUGGUUCCAUUUCUGGUGGGUCCUUCAAUCCUGCUGUUGCCACUUCGUUGAUAGUCGUCCGUUGUUUUGUAUCGUUUUCAGAGACAGGAUGUACUCCAAUGGCAUCACUAUGGGUUUAUUGGGCAUCCGAAGCAGUUGGGUCAAUCACCGGCACAAUAUUAUAUCUCGCAGUUCAAAAUGUGGAAGAACGAUUUUAA